AUGGGUACAGACGUUCAGAAAUCUUUGCAAACCGAAAUAGACAACGUCAUUGGUGACGUCAGAGAGCCAGAGAUCCGUGACCGACAACAGUGCCCUCUGGUGGAGGCGUUUGUCUUGGAAACCCUGCGUUACAUCUCUCAUACACCGUUGGCACUGCAUUCCACCCGAGAGGCGACGUCCAUUGCUGGUUAUCAUGUGGAGAAAAACACGCCGGUUCUCGCUUGUUUUUGGAGUAUGCAUCACAGUGACACUGAGUGGGAAGAUCCGUUUUUAUUUAAACCAGAGAGAUUCCUUGAACAAGAUGGAAGCCUAAAGCCUGCAAGUGAUCCUGUCAGAAAAAGGUUUUUAAUGUUUGGAACCGGAAGACGUAGCUGUCCCGGAGAAGUGUUCGCCAAGUCCCGGCUCUUCCUCUUCCUGUCUACACUCCUACAAAGCUUCAACGUCAUGGAACCUGAGGACCACAGUCUUCCAGAAUUCGAUCCAAGAGAAAUUGAUUCUGGACUGAUUCUGCAACCAAAACCUUUCAAAAUUCGAUUUGAGCGCAGAAAGCAAAGAUUUUAAUUUAUCAAACUUAGAUUAACUUGAAGUACUUUAAAAUCAUAAUAUUUAGUUGGAGUUUAAAUAAAUUAAUAGCUCACAAUAUAAAUCAAAUAUAGUUAAUUUUUAAGCAAUUGAAGUGUAACGAAAUAUAGGCUAACGUUCAAUAAAAAGGUUUUAUUAUUACAAGUGAAUGAGAGAAAGGCAGUAUUGUGAUCUGUGAGUUUAGUGAGAUGGGUUGAGAAAUGUUAGCUUCUAGAAGAUGAAAACUAGAACGUAUUAUUAAGCUAUAUGA